AUGAGCUAUUUCGAUGUCACUGCAUGGAAUCUGAACCUGAGUGGCACCGAUAACCAAAAUAUUCGGCUGUUGAUUCGCCGAUACCGACGAAGUCUUGUGGCAAUACCGGGAUAUGGAGUCCCGAUAUUACAGUGUUUGAUGCCACUAGCAGCACGCCACGCGACCAGUCUGGAGGCUUUAUUGACCCUCGCUACUCAGUUUCGCGUCUCUCAAAAAUUACUCGAGUGCACGAGAGAAAUAAAUAGACGAAGCCCCGAUCUUGCAUUGGACAGUCAUCAACGAGCUGUUUCAACCCUCCGAUCGAGUCUAUCUCGCCUACAAUGUGGGAACGGAGACAUCGAGGAGGCCAUAGCAGUAUCUAUGAUACUGUGGGUAUUCGGUUGCCCAGGGCAUGAUAUUUGGUCUAUACAUCUCAAUGGGCUCAUCGCCUUACUCGAAGCCACGCCGUUACCAGGUCUCGAUACUCUACUACCGCUAUCGCUUCAUAGACUCGCCACCGUGGCUGCCGCGCAUCUCGAUAUCAAGGCGAUUUCAGUCGGUAGGACAGAACCUAGCCAAAGACUUUGGCUUCAUUGGAGAUUAUGCCCACCAGAAGAAAUAUUAAGCUUUCCCAUGGAGGAGAAACCCUUCUCGGCAUGGGAAAUAAGUUUCGGUUAUCCGGAGACUCUAAUGACAAUUAUCGCCUUAGUGUCCGCUGUUGUCGAGGAUGAUAUCUCCGGGCGUCAGGUCGAUCCUAUUUGUAUGGAGUAUCUGGAACGACUCGCGGAUCAAAAGUUUCCUUCGGCUGAAUCCAACGUGAAUCUGAUUGCUUUUCCUAGCUUGAUACCCAAUGCGCGGAAUGAAAAGCUAGCUCUUCUCAUGGAGACAGUCAUUAUCAAUUGGAGGCCUCCUUCGAUUACUGAUACCAUGUCGCUGGAAGCGAGUAUUGCCCUCACUGCCAUGUGGGAGGUCAUGAGAAAGGCGACAAUAAUCUACCUAUGGCGCGGUGGUUUUGAAACCGACGUUACAACUACUCUAUCCAGAGAGCGGCAACUGUGUAUCCAUAGAUGCGUUCAUGAGAUGUGUAGUAACAUCGAUCAAGUCAUUCAAACAGCUGAAAAGUUUCAUUUGCCUAUGGCUAAGUCUCUAAUGUGGCCUCUAGCAGUUAUUGCAAAUGAGGCUUCAGGGUCACCAGACUUGCAACGAAAGAUCAUGGACUAUAUUCGACGUAUUGAUGCCUAUUUUAUGAUACCUCAUCAUGAAUUGAUGGAGACCGUCCUCCGACAGCUGUGGGAGGAGGCGAAAGGGGGCAAUCCUGAUGCUGCUUCUGGUGUUUCUAUAUUUUACUCCGAUUUUGUAAUAUACAAGUGA